UAUCUUUAGACACAAUUGAACGGAAUAUGGGUUCGUCGAAUAACGGAGGAGUGCCUCCCGGGUUUCGAUUUCAUCCGACAGACGAAGAGCUUCUCCACUACUACUUGAAGAAGAAGAUCUCUUACCAGAAGUUCGAGAUGGAAGUUGUCAGAGAGGUUGACUUGAACAAGAUUGAGCCUUGGGAGUUGCAUGAAAGAUGCAGGAUAGGAUCAACGCCACAGAACGAGUGGUAUUUCUUCAGCCACAAGGACAGAAAAUAUCCGACGGGAUCGAGGACAAACCGUGCAACGCAUGCCGGGUUCUGGAAAGCCACAGGACGAGACAAGUGCAUAAGGAACUGCUACAAGAAGAUUGGCAUGAGGAAGACUCUUGUCUUCUACAAAGGGAGAGCUCCACAUGGCCAGAAAACCGAUUGGAUCAUGCACGAAUACCGUCUCGAAGAUGGCGAUGAUCCUCAGUCCAACCUUAGUGAAGAUGGAUGGGUAAUCUGUAGAGUGUUCAAGAAGAAGAAUUUGUUCAAGGUGGGGAACGAGGCCAGCUCAAGCAUCAACUCAUCAGAACAGAACAUCCACGACUCGUCUCACCACAACAACGUGGUUCAAGCACGUAGCUUCAUGCACAGAGACAUUCCGUACCAGUUCGUGCGCCAACACGUGUCGCCCUUUGAGCUCAACAAGCCUGAGCUCGCUCUUCAGUACCCUCCAGUUCCCGCCAUGUUCCAGUCCCAGCCCAUGAUCCCUUCUUCCCACUAUUCCUCGUGCCUUCCACGAGACUGCGAGAGCGCAGCCAGUGAGGGGAUACGGUACCAGCAAGCGUGUGAGCCGGGCUUAGAGGUUGGCACGUGCGAGACUGGUGGUCAGGGUGAAUGGGCGAUGCUCGACAGGCUCGUGACGUGUCACAUGGGAAACGAGGACGGGAACAACUCCUCGUCCGUACAACCAGCUGCUACGAGUCAGCUCACGUUGCGUGGAGAGAUGGACUUCUGGGGUUAUGAUAAAUAGAUGUUUGUAUCUAUCUAUAUAUUUGUGUGUGUAUGUACUUGAUAACAUGUUUUCAUUUAUUUCAUUGUGGUCGGAAGCAAAUUGCUUAAGAACCCAAUAUUGCUGUCGGAAUUGAUUGGUAUCAAACCGAAAUUAGUUGAUCUGUAUUCUUGUAUCGCUUUGCAAUGCAACUAAACUAAUAAGAGAAGUGGAAACGUUUCCAUUCA